UACUUGUGCAACAGAGAACUUUGGCUGAAAUUCCAUCAACAUACUUGUGAAAUGAUCAUCACCAAACAAGGCCGACGAAUGUUCCCGACUUUACAGUACAGUUUAACUGGGCUAGAACCUGGCAAGCAGUAUAACGUCUUUGUUGAUAUGAUUCUGGCCGACCCUAAUCAUUGGAAGUUCCAGAGUGGUCGAUGGGUACCGUGUGGUCAAGCUGAACAACUACCUCAAACUGGCCGAGUUUAUCUUCACCCUGAUUCCCCAAAUACUGGAUCGCACUGGAUGAAGCAAGAUAUCGUCUUUAGUAAACUCAAACUCACCAAUAACAAGAACAGUGAUGGACAUGGUGGCGUGAUUGUUCUGAAUUCUAUGCACAAAUAUCAGCCACGGCUCCAUGUCAUAGAAGUAGGAUCACCGGGUGAACAGAAAACUCUUCUAACCCACAGCUUUACAGAAACACAGUUCAUCGGAGUCACAGCUUACCAAAAUACUGAUAUCACUCAGCUCAAGAUUGAUCAUAAUCCAUUCGCCAAAGGAUUUCGAGACAGCUACAACACUACCACCGAUAGACUAACUCCUUCUCCGCCAGGAAAUCUCGGUUCUUACCCGGUUCAACAAUCGUUCCGUGGUAGCUAUUACCCUGUGUCCCAUCCACAGAUGGCGUAUGCCCCUCCCAUGACCACCCGUCCCUACCCUACUCCUUAUUCAGCACCCCAAAUGCAAUAUUCAUCCAAUCCAGCAAUACGACCUUUUGGAGAUAUGGGUAACAUGACGAACGGCGGCGAAGGUCUAUAUCAUUAUGGAAUGGAAAACGGAAUUAAACGUAAUCUUGAAGUGAUAAGAAGUAAUUCGUCAUCCAAUAGCCCACCGAAUGUCACUGUCCAUCCAAACAAUUCGACGCCUCAGAUGUAUCCAGGACCGGCACUACUGCAGUCUCUUGACGCUCCCGUGAAUGAUGAUGACCAACCGGACGAAUACAAAAAUCCAAGCAAAAGAAGGAGACUCGGAAUGAGCGCUGACUCUGAAGAAUCAUUAACAUCCACGGAUGAAGGUUCCUCGACCGAUAAAGAUGAUGACUCCGGCUAUAGUACGCAAACAUCCUCUGGUUAUGGACAGAACCCUCGGGGCUAUAAUACAACAGGUUCCAAUUAUCCUAUAGAGUCUCAGGAACCAUCAAACAGCUACCCACAAACACAAACGAAUUAUUCACUACCUGCUAUAUCUUCCCACGAUUCAUCAGACUACUCUAUGUAUUAUCAACAGCAACGGCACCAAUUUUAUGGUCAUGUUCCUGAAAAUGGCAUUCAUUCCCAUGCUCAGGCAUAUUAAGACUUUUAUGAGCUAUACAUCUAAAAUGUACAUGUAUAUGUAUGGAAUUUUAUUUGUCUUGUUUUGUCCCGAUGGUGUAUCAAUAAAAGCAUUGGAACAGAUGCGCCAUCAACGUGACUUUUGUGCCUGGAUACGGAAAGGACUCUUCAGGUCUAUGAGUAGGCUGAUUCUACAUGCCUCGCGACCUCGUAUAGUGUUUUACGGAGUGGGCUUGCCAAUGAAGAUUGCUUAAAUUUGAUUGUUAUUGGUUGUCGUAACCAACUUGUUUUAUAUUUUUGUUGU